AUGACAGCAUCAAUAUUUGAAGUAAAAUGCAAGCGAAUCCCGAACUGCCAGAAAUGCGGGCAGCAUGGCCGGAAGAAUCGGCUGAAGGGCCACAAACGCGUUUGCCCCUACAAGGAUUGCACGUGUCCAAAGUGCCAAGUGGUGUCGGAACGGCAGAAGUUGAUGGCCGACCAGAUCAAAAUUCGACGGCGGCAGAGGAAGGACACCCUGUUGAGCCUAACCCGCGAGAGCAUCACGGCCACAAUUUCAGCCCUCAGCCAAAUGCCAAACAGCAACGUCAACAAUCUGCAGGCCGCGCUGCUGUAUAACCACAUGAAGCCGUCAGAUGCGGCGUCCGCUCUUCAGAAGGCUUCCGAAAUUCCGGUCACCUCAACCGCAUCCUCGACCUCUAUGCCCCCACUAUCACAAGCGGCUCCCGAUCUACAGACGUUGAUUUUGAGUAGUUCCGCGCCGCACCCGUCAACGAUUCCGACGAGUACGGUAAUGCUGGAUCCACUACUUCUCCCGCUGGCCGCCCCAAUCGAUCAACUCACGUCAACGGCCCUACCACUCUCCCAGCCACUGCAGCCACUCCUCAACACCACCCCCGUCACCACACCGAAAAUGGGCGUGCCAGAUGUUUUGGUUCUACCUUUAAUCGUUGAAACAAAUACAAAGGUUCCGUACCGAUGUGUGGCUCCGAAUGAAGUCGCGAAUCAAUCUAUUGGGUAUUUCAAAACCGACACGACCUAU